UAGCCCAGUCUACUGCUUACAUCCCCGCACUCUCUGUGGUACUAUGGCGCUACACUUAAACCUUGCCGCAUACGUGGCGCUGAAUGCCGCAUUCUUAUUCACUUUGGACCAUGUGGCAGUUGCCGUGGGCAACACAGGAGCUUCAGGGUCUCUCUCCGGCCUUCUAACCCCGUAUGACGAGCUGUAUUAUUUGGGAGUUCGAGCGUAUUUUACGGAGCAAUGGGAGAAAGCCGCGGAGCACAUUGAAAAGUCGAUAUCUACCAGAGAAGCACUUCACAAGAUUAGGCGAAAAUGUCACGACGAAUGUGCAACAACGGGACACGAAAUAGCUUCCAAACUAGACACAGAAAAAGGCAGCAACUGGGAUCUGUGGGCGUUGGACUGGAUCCAGCAGCAAGCUGAGUGCAUAAAGUUCUGCUUGGGCCGAGCAGUCACUCCUGCCGGUCAGCUCCCCGUGUCGACAGACAUCGAGUAUGAAUUCGGGACUCGCAACCCUUACAACUUCCUGCAGCUCACCUACUAUAAGCUGGGCAAGCCACAGAUGGCCGCCUCGGCUGCGCACACCUUCUUCGUUGCCAACCCGAGUCACCUGGAGAUGAGGAACAACAUUGAGAAGUACAGGCGCAUGGAUGGUGUCACAGAGGAGGCCUUUCGGGACCGAGAGAGAGACCCAGAGAAGCACUGGGAGUUGUACGAUGCGGCUCUCCUAGCCGAAAGCUCCUCGGAUUUGGCUCGGGCAGCAGAGAGGUGGCAGGAGUGCGUGAACGAGACGCUGAAGCAGACGGACGAGUGCAGGGCUCAGUGCGUGGUGGCGUCACAGCGCCUCCCAGAGGACAGGGAGACUGUCCAGGGAACCUACGAGAAUGCCGCAGCACUUUCUCUAUCACUGUUGUCAUGCAAACAAAUGUGUGUGUCUCUGGUGUCGACACGACCUGGAAGAAUUUCUCCCCAGGAAGACCUCCUUCCAAUGCAGUUGGAACAUCUUCAUAUUGCUCAGUACAAAGCAGGGGACCUGAAGGGGGCAGUGCAGACUCUGCGCUCCCUGUUGCUUUUCUAUCCGACGGACGCCGACUCGCUCAGUAACCUGCAGCUCUACUCUGAGUUUAUAGAGGGCGACGCUGAAGCUCAGGCCACAGUCCCAUUACAAGAGAUUGUCAGAUAUGUCACCAGAGCUCUAGCAGAGAAGAAACUGCUCUAUUUUGGAGUGGAAAAUCUGGACUUCGAAUUCACUGACCCGGAUCUCUGGACGCCUGAGGAGGUAGUGCCUGACUCGCUGAGGGAGCGCUGGAGAGCAGAGAGGGAGCAGCUUAAUGCGAAACUGAAGGAAGGAGAGAAGGUGCUAGAGGUGGAUGACAGUGGCUUCUAUGCUGGUGGUCCAGUUCCCCAGGUUGGUGUCACAAUAACAAUGGACGACGAUGCCAUGAACGGAACAAAUCGCGUUGUGUUGGAUGGCGUUCUGUCACAGUCUGAAUGUGACACCAUGAUGCAGCUGGCCAGUGUUGCAGCGUCGGUUGGUGAUGGUUACAGGGGAAGACGUUCUCCUCACACACCUCAUGAGAAAUUUGAGGGUCUGACAGUUCUAAAAGCUCUUAAGUUGGCCCAGGAUGGAAUGGUAAACCAAUCAGAUGCCAGGCUCUUGCAUGAAAUGGGGGAGAGAGUUCGAACACUAAUGCACUCAUAUUUCAGGAGCCACUCCAUUCUCUACUUCGCCUACACACACCUAGUUUGCCGAUCCGCCAUUCCAGGGCAUCAGGAGGGACGUUUGGAUCUGUCUCACCCUGUUCAUGUGGAUAACUGUAUACUGGAGCCAGAGACCAGGCAGUGUUGGAGAGAGCUACCUGCAUUCACCCACAGAGACCUAAGUGCAGUUCUCUACCUGAAUGAUGGUUUUGAAGGGGGAGAGAUCUUCUUCACGGACAGAGAUGCCAAAACAGUUACAGCCAGGGUCAAGCCCACCUGUGGGCGACUUGUUGGUUUCACAUCAGGACCCAUCAACCCUCAUGGUGUUACUGCGGUUACAGUUGGCCGCAGGUGUGCGCUCGCACUGUGGUUUACCACGGAAAAGCACCACAGGGACAUGGAACGGGAGGAGGCAGAGGCCAUGUGGGCAGCAGAAGGACUGGCCGUAGUAAAAGAAGAAGCAGAAGAUCCAAACAGCACCCUUUCACCUGCACGGAGAGGGCGGAGCCAAGCCUCUAAGGGGAGGAGCAAAGAGAGGGAGAGAGUGUCAAGUAGGAGGGAUGAACUUUGAAAGCGAUGGGUGAAUGGGACCAACCAUCACACAACCCAUUCCACACUGCAAGAACAUGCUUGGAUCUUUGAUCUGUUCAUGAACAUUCUGUAUUCAAUCAUGACACAUCUUGGUGUCAAGAUGUUUGUGUGUGUGUGUGUGUGUGUGUGUGUGUGUGUGUGUGUGUGCGCGUGUGCGUGUGUGCGUGUUUAUUUUUGUCUCAUCCAGAUUUGUGUCUAUGAAAGGCCGUUUAUUAAUGCUGUCUCGGGAUUUACUAUGUGAAAUCUCUUUCUCAGAAUAAACAGACAAUAAUGGGAUUAACUGAA